CGUGCUAGUAAAAAGAUGAUAAAGCUAGACGCUAAUCCUUACAUCAAUCAGGUCACUAUGCCUGGAGCUCAUUUGCCUUGCAAAUAGCCUAUUUUUACAUGCUGUGUCCCUCCCUACUCAAAUUACUAACUCCACCCCAAAAAAGAACUUCUGUUGAAACUUGUGUAGAAGAGACAGAUCCUGCUCCUGAAACCAUGGGGCCUGUCAGCUACUCAUCAGAGACCUAUGACUUGAGCCAGGUGGAGCUGAGUGGGUACUACGAAGCUGAGAACACCACCCCUUCUUUGGAGGGCUACUUUUGCUUCAACCCAGCCUCAUCAGUGGUCGGCAACCAGAGGGACCCCUUCAGAAAGGUCUUCAUGCCCCUCAUCUACCUGCUGAUGUUCAUGUUGGGGACUGUAGGCAAUGCUCUGGUCCUGGUCAUUUUAGAGAGGUUCAAGCGGUCUCGCACCACCACGGAAAACUUCCUUUUCCAUCUCACCCUGGCCAACCUGGCACUGUUGCUCACCUUCCCAUUCAGCGUAGUAGAGAGCUUGGCUGGAUGGGUAUUUGGGAAGUUCCUCUGCAAGAUACUCAGUGCUGUCCACAAGAUCAAUUUCUACUGCAGUAGCAUGCUGCUAGGGUGCAUUGCGGUGGACCGUUACCUGGCCAUCGUCUACGCAAUCCACACCUACCGCAAACGCAGAGCUCGCUCCAUCCAUCUUACCUGCAUGGCUGUCUGGCUCUGCUCACUGCUUCUGACUUUACCCGAUCUCAUCUUCAUGGAAGUCUGGACAGAUGACAGCAACCGCAGCAUUUGCUAUUUUCCAGAGGUUGGGAUCGAUGGGAACAACGCCUGGCUGGCAACUCGCUUCCUCUACCACACCGUGGGCUUCUUUGUGCCUCUGCUGGUCAUGUGUUACUGCUACAUGGCCAUUAUCCGGGUGCUCUGUCAGUCCCAGCGCCUGCAGAGGCAGAAAGCUGUCCGUGUGGCCAUCCUGGUGACAGGCAUCUUCCUGCUCUGCUGGAGCCCGUACCACAUCGUCAUCUUCCUGAACACACUUACCAAGCUAGAAGCCUUCACCAAGAACUGCCUCCUGGAAGACCAGCUGGACACAGCCAUCAUGGUGACAGAGGCCAUCGGCUUCACACACUGCUGCCUCAACCCCAUCCUCUAUGCCUUCAUUGGAGUCAAGUUCCGUAAUGACUUCUUCCGGAUCCUGCAGGAGCUUGGCUGCAUAAGCCAGGAGACCCUGCAGGAGAUCCUGGACGUGACAAGGAAGGGUAGCGGAAUUGAUUCUGACAACACCACCUCCAUCUCCACCUUCUAGCUGGGAAAGGCUGCCUGCAGGACAGAACUAGCCUAGGGCUUUCCUUCCCAGUGGCAUGCUUGCUGUGGUCUCAGUUACAAGUUUUACAAGCAUCCCCACCACUUUUCUUUGCUCCUCAGGAAACAGGUCCAAUAGCCACCGAACACCCGAAUCCCAUCAGAUACCUUGCCUGGCUGCUCCUGGUUCUCGUACUUGUAGAGAUCUGCCUGGCAGCUGUUGGUGAAUGCUGGCUGUUCAGUGGUCACUCUUGUGGGGCUGGAUGAACCCAAGUGGGUUGAACUGACAUUCCCACCUCUCCCUCAAAAUGUUGACUGCAGGCAUCUUGUGCUUGAAGCCAGGCACAAGACUGGGGUGGUCAGGGGCAAGGAAAAAAGUGCAGCCAACUAAGCUAAGCAGGUCUCCAUUUUACUUGCUCAGGUUGGUACAGACAUGCUCAAAGGAAGCAGCAGGACUCAUUGGCCACAGCAACUGGAAAGAGAGAUGUAGGUAGGACUGAUGGGGGCUGUAGAGCUCAAUCACAUAGCAUGGGCAUACAGUGCUGAACACUCUCUGACUGAAACACUGUCCUCCUGCUGCGACAUCCGCCCCAGCCAGCCACAACACGUUCACCUGCCCGACAUAGUUCAUGCCAGCAGGUCUUCCCACAGACUAAAAGAUUUGACUGUCAGAGACUCCUUUCCUGACACCAGUUGCAUCUUUCCCCACUCAUUUGAUCUGUUUUACUGCUGUUAAGAUCUUCUGUGAGUGGCUGCUGAGCUGAAUGACUGACUAUGCAAAAGUUUUCCUUUAAGGAAAAACAGAAUCUGAAGAGAUGGCUUCUGUCUUGUGACUGUGCACAGGGGACAGAAAUUACACAGCUUUGUAAGUCUGAAGGUGUAACUUUUUUUUUCAGCUCACUGUAUGGCAAUUUGUGGGUUCUGAGAGCGAGGAGACCCACUGCCCCAAAGUAAGGAAAAGAGCUCAUUUGCAAAAUUUCUCUUUCUUUUUAGUGAGGUGAGAGGAAAUGCAGCAUUUUGCUUUGCACUAUGCUUUCUGAUAUUUCUCCUCUACCUGCAUCAACAGGGCUUUCAGAGAUUAAGUGCUUCCAGAGAGAACAAAACUGGGUGGUGAUCUUGCCCUGAACUGCAACUGAACUUCACUGUACCCAAGGACCCUUUUAAAAAGACCAGGCAUUAUGGAAGGGGUUACAUUACCUCAGUCUGGCUCAGGUAGACAUCUCAAUAGCUCGUUCUCACAUUGUGACUUCAGGAGAAAACUCACCAAGUAUAAGGCAGUCCACCAUUUCCUGCAGUGCUGCAUCUUCAAAGAUGAAACCUGCAAGUAAUGGUGAUCAUAAUUGUUCAAGCAUGUACAUGCAGCAGAGGAAGAGCAGCUCUCUUUAGCCUGUCCUUGUGUUCUCCAGGGUUGUACCAGUAAGCAGACCCAUUGCAGAUGCAUUGUAAACACCUCCCCAGCAAGUUCUGAUGAGAACUGUGUUUCUACAUAAAACUGUUACUGAAGAAAUGAACAGUGAGAGUGUAAAAUUGUGGUCACAAAGUAAAAAGAAAAUCUGCACACAAAGUACGAGUGAACAGAUUGAUUACACAUCUAUUGUUACUAUAGUUUUUAGUACUGGUACAUGUACAUACCACUACUGGUAUGUACAAACCUUUAGAAAUU